CCGUUUGCCAGUCCCACCCACUUCGCUCGCAACAUCUCUCUGCAGGCGGACUCUCCUGUUUCACCGAGCCGACCUGCUGUGAUCCGGGUACGGAGCGGGCGCAAAAGUGGAACGCACAGAACUCACGGGGGCUGCACUGAUCUGGCUUCCAGCUUCUUUUCUUGCAACGGACUGUACGCCCCCCCCCCCCACCUCCUUCCUCCCUCCUCACUUUCUGACUGUGAGGCGCCAAGUGCCCGAGCAAAGGUGCAGAGGAUCGAGUCGUUCAGCAACUGUGUCCGAGGGUGAGCGAGCUCCGGGUGCAUGGAGGCGCCUCCCUCCCCGCUGCUGAUGUUGGGACCCGGGUAACGCGGGUAAACUCUGCUCACUCUCGCCUCGUGUGCCAGCUCCCGUUCCCAGCCUUUUCUAGAAAGGUUCUGCAGGUCUGAUGAAACUGAUGGCGUCUGCACUUCGGCCUUGAGGGUAUGCUUGCUGGUCACGACACAGCAGGCAGAGCGGAACUGGCUGGAAACCUUCUUCACGCGGAACCUGCGUUGGUACACCAUCCAUAAAGAGACACUUGGAUGCAGGGAGAGAGGUGAAGAGUCCCUUGCCUAACAGAACGCACGCUGCCUGAUGACCUGCCUUCAACCAGGAACGGCAGACAUUCACCAACAGCUGAUGGAUCGCUACAACCGGGACUUCUCAGCUGUCUCGUUGCAGGGGAAGGAGAACUUGGAGACCCGGGUGCUGGGAGCGGCAGGGAACCCGUGCCCAGGACCUGACCGCGAUGGGCUGCGGGGAUGUAAGCUCCAAGACGGUCAGGCUCCAGUCAUGGACGGCGUCGGCAGAGAUGAAAUGUUGGGACAGCGGAGUGGCGAGAGCAGAUGCCCGGAACUUGGUGACCAGCAACAGCUCCACACAGGACAGCUGCGGGGAAGCAGUUGGCAAAGCACAGGGCAGGCAUGCACCAAGGUGGGCACGUACCCGACGGCAGAUGGGACCGAGCGAACAGAUGUGAGCACGGAUGAGGUGGUGGGCGAGGGGUUGCAGCACAUCCACAUCCAGGACCUCCAGCAGCAGGAUGAACGGGAGCCCGUUCCUGCCACUUGCGGCUUCAGCUCUUCGCUCUGCUUCGCAGCGGACGGGGGCGAGCAGGAGGCGAUGGUGGAGGCGGAGGAUGGGGGAGAGCAGGUGGUGGACAGCCAGCGACAGAUUAACAACGGUGGGCUGCAGGAGGAGGGGGAGGCACCUCACUGGAGCCUGGAGCCGAGCGGAGGGCCAGGAGACGCGACAGGCAGGGGCGGGAGCGCGCACCCCGAGCCCGAUCUGGUGAUUGAAGUGGCGGGCUGCCGGAUUCGGGCGCAUAAAGCGGUGCUGUGCGCGCGCAGCGAGUACUUCCGGGCGCGGCGCUCGCGGCAGGUGGUGCGUGUUCGUGGGGUGGGCCUGCCGGCCAUGCGCGCGCUUCUGGACCAUGCCUACGGUGCGCAGCUGCGCGCACCCACGGUGGACGGCGGGGAGGACGUGGAUCCUGAGGGAGCGGCCGCGCUGCUAGCCGCCGCGCAUACACUGCAGAUGCCGGGGGCGGCGCGGGCCGCGGUGCGCGCGCUGCGGGAGCAGCUGGGCGUGCGCACGUGUGGCCAGCUGCUGGCGCUAGCCAAGCGGCAGCGCGUCCCCGAAUUAGGCGAGCUCGCUCUCAGCUACAUGAGCGACCACUACCUGGAGGUGCUGCGCGACCCCGCCGUCUACGGCCGCCUGAGCGCCGCUGAGCGCGAGCUGAUCGUGAAGCGCAGGGAGUCCGGUGGCACUGGAGUGUGCCGCCUGGUCGCAGCCGAGCUCAGCGACGUGUACGAACGUUCGGGAACGGGGAGUCGGCCGGCCAGCCGGGAGAGCAGCCGCCCGCAAAGCCCGUGCAGCCCAGAGCGCCCUCCCGAGCCGGUCGAGGGCGGGGACGCGGACGCGCGUUGGCUCUACACCCUGGAGGAAGACGCGUGUGAGUGGCGGAGGUUGAGUCGCGUGCCCGCGGAGGGGGCGACCGGGGUGCGCGGGACCGCCGUGUGCGCGCUCCAUAACUACCUCUUCCUGGCGGGCGGGACGCGGGGCCGUGGGUCAGGAGCGCGCCCCUCCCCUCGAGUUUUCACUUUCAACCCGGCCACUGGCGACUGGGCUGAGGUGCGGGCCAUGGGCCAGGCGCGCUCCCAAUUGGCACUGGCCGCCCUCGACGGGCUGCUUUACGCAGUAGGCGGCGAAUGCGUGCUCGGGGUCGAGCGCUACGACCCGCGCGCAGACCGUUGGCGUGCCGUCGCCCCGCUCCCGCGCGGCGCCUUCGCCGUGGCACCCGAGGCAGUGGCGUGCGGUGGUCGCCUCUACCUGACCGGGGGCUCGCUGUCUGGUCGUCUGCUAACAUACGAGCCGCGGCGGGACGAGUGGGAGGAGUGCCCGGGAAGUCCCGGAACCGGGACUGGGGGCCGGGUGGCGGGUCUCCUCUACCGAUCGCCCUGGCUCUACCGUCUGGAGUUGGACCGCGAGCUGCGCGCCCUCGGCUUCCUGCGCUACAACACGGCGGCGCGCCUUUGGGACCGUCUGGGGUUGGCGCUGGGUCCGGGCUCCGCGUUCCCCACCCUCACCCAGCCCUUCCGCUGCGCACUGCGCGGACCCAGCCUCUACUGCGUGGGGCGUGUGUCCGGGCUCCGGAUGCGGAUGCCUGGAGACAUGGGCGACGGGGGUGAGCAGGGCUAUCGACCCCUCCCCGGCUGCCCCCAGGCACAGGGGCCCCUCGCCCCCGUCUUUCUGACCGUACUCGAGAAGCCGCAGGAACGGCCGUGAGAUUGUGGGAUCCCUUCCUCUCUCCACUUCCCCACUCCUUCUCUACUCCUCACCGCUCUGUCUCUCACCUUCCACAUCCCCUAGUCCCACUUUUUACCCCUUUACUCACUCUUCUCUACCCAUUUUCACCCCGUCCUCCUCCCUCUUCUCUACCCAUUUUCACCCCGUCCUCCUCCCUCCACUUUCUCUCCCACCUCUCUUCCUGUCUCCCCUUGACCCCUUCUUCCCCUUCCCCCAUUUAACCCCCUUCAGUUGUGCCCCCCUCAACCCUUCUGCCCAUGCUCUGAGACCUAGUAGACCUUUUCUUCCCAUGCAGUGUCCUGUGGGAGAAAGUGGGCCAAUGAGGGGGAUGGUCUGUCCCAGGCGUUACUGAUUAACUCCAUCUGAUCCAUGCCGUUUCUCUGCCAUGCAGACUAUACCACAUCUGCAGCCCUCACUUGAGUGGGUUCUCAGUCAAUUAACUGAAGGGCAGAAGCAUUUUGUGCAGCACUGACACCCAAGGCACACCUUUCCCAUUUGGGAAUUUCCUGGAAAUAGAACUAAGUGGUAGAGGUUUAAAACUGCCAAGUGAGGCUUUUGUGACAAACAAAACGAAUUAACUCAUAUUGUGGGCAACUGGGUUACUGAAGGAGGAUGUGUACGGUUUUAGUUUCUCUCUAGAGUUGCAGGUUCAAUGGUGCACAUGCCAUGAAUAUAGUUAAUGUGUAAAAUAUGGUUGGCAUGGACUGGUGGGGUCAGAGGGCUAUGUCUGUGCUGUAUUGCUCUAUGACUAUUAUAGAUAGGUAAACCUCAAUUCCUAGACCCCAAACCCAACACAGUCAUGACAGCCUCAUAGGUAAUGUCACAUCGUGUCUUCAGGAGGCCGCACUCCAAUUCCUCAAAUUCUCACAAGCAGCUGUCACAACUUGUGCAGACCAUUGGGGGACCUUUCCAAGGAAGGGAACAGAGUGGUCUUGAAACAAAUGUCAGUCUGAUUAAAGGUUCGUUUUAUUUGUCUCACACACAUCAAGCCUUCAAAACAUUCAGUGAAAUGCAUCAUUUGUGUCAAAGACCAAAACAGUCUGAGGAUACGGUGGGGGCAUCCCGCAAGUGGGUCACCACACUUUCGGCACCAAUGUUGCAUGCCCACAACUUACUAGCCCAAACCCAUAAGUCUUUGGAACGUGGGAGGAAAGCAAAGUGCUGGGAGUAAACCCACGGGGUCACAGGAAGGUGAACAAAUUCCUUCUACUCUAUCAAUGCCUCUGUUAUUGCUUUAUUACUUGUAAUUUCAUGGUAAAACUGACAGGAAUGAUGUUCAAGUUUGGACUUUAGCACAUGAGCCUAUUAGCCAAAGAACAAAAUUGUUGUUAAGGCUGUAUUCCGCAGGAAUAUUUUACUGAUUAAUUCAUAGCCAAAGUUAAUGUGUUGACUAAAGUGUUCUAGGGUCAUACAGCAUGCAAACAGGCUCUUCAACUAGUCUAUUCUGACCAAGUUGUCUACUUAAGCUGGACCCAUUUGCCUUCAUUGAUGCCAUAUCACUCUAAAAUAUGUCUGUUUAAACAUUGUAAUUGUGUGCAUCUUUAUCACUUCCUCUGUCACUUUGUUCCAUAUACCCAGCACCCUCCAUGAGGGAAAAAUUUGACCCUCAAGUCCCCUUUAAAAAUUUCCCUUCUCACCGGAAACCUACGCCCUCUCAUUUUAGACUACCUUACCCAGGGAACAAGAAUGUGACCAUCCAUCUUAUGUAUGCUGCUCAUGAUUUUAUAACCCCCUCAGUCUCCUACACUCUAGGGAAAAGAGUGUCAGCCUAUCCUGUCUGUCCUUAUCAGCCAAGCCUUCCAGUCCCAGAAACAUCCUUAUGAAUCGUUUCUGCACACCACCACUGCCUCCCCUCCCAGCUUAACACAUGACGAAUACCAGGAAGCAUAAUUUUAAGUUGAUUGGAGGAAUGAAUGGGGGGAAUGUCAGAGAAAGUUUUUGAUACAGAGAAUGGUGGUAGAGGCAGAUGCAUUAGGGACAAUUAAGAGACUUAGAUAGGCACAUGGAUGAUAAAAAUUGAAGGGCUAAGUGUGAGGAAAGGGUUAUAUUGAUCUUGGAGUAGGUUAAAAUGUCAGCACAACAUUUUGGGCCUACAGCAAGGAUAGAACAUAGAACACUUCAGUGUUGGCAAGGACAGAACAUUACUGUGCUGAAAUGUUCUGUGUUCUAUCCUUGCUAUAGCUGGGAGACCAGAACUGGACACAGUAUUCUAAGUUGCAUUAUUGAUUUCACUUAAGAUGUCAAGGUUUACUCCUUGUCUUUAUCUUCUAGUAUGGUGAUUAUUUUGUAUUCAUUCUCAGUUAUUGCCAGGCAAAUUUGUAUUUUUGGUUCGGUGGAAAACAGAUAUCCUAAUGUUUUGUGCUUUCUUCUCCAUUUCACAUACCAUUAGUUGACCCACUGAGUCAAGGUAGAAUCUAACUCUCUGGUGUUGCAAACUCAUAACUCUGGUAGGUCUUUAUCUUAAUCUGCAUCUGAAGUUAUACGUACAAAAUGCUGGAGGAACUCAGCAGGUCAGGCUGCAUCUAUGGAAAUGAAUAAACAGUUGUCAUUUUUGGUCCAAAAACCUUCUUCAGGACUGAAGAGGAAGGAGGAAGACACCAGAAUAAAAAUGUGGUGGGGGAGGUGAGGGAGGAGGCUAGCUAGAGGAUGAUAGGUGAAGCCAGGUGGGUGGGAAAGGUAGAGGGCUGGAGAAGGAAUCUGAGAGAGGAGAGUGGACCAUAGGAGAAAGGGUAAGAGGACGGGAUCCAGGGAAAGGUGAUAGGUAGGUGAGAAGAGGUAGAAGGCCACUGUAGGGAUCAGAAGAAGGGAGGGGGAGGGAAAGGGAAAUUUUAUUUUAUCGGAAGAAGAAAUCGAUAUUCGUGGCAUCUGAUUGAAGGCUACCCAGAUGGAAUACAAUAUCAGGAUCCGUUCCUGGGGAUUGGAGGGUAGCUAAUGUUAUCCCACUUUUUAAGAAAGGAGGGAGAGAGAAAACAGGCAAUUAUAGACCAGUUAGUCUGACAUCAAUGGUGGGGAAGAUGCUGGAAUCAAUUAUAAAAGAUGAAAUAGCGGCAUAUUUGGAUAGCAGUGGCAGGAUAGGUCUGAGUCAGCAUGGAUUUACAAAGGAGAUACCAUGCUUGACUAACCUUCUGGAAUUUUUUGAGAAUGUAACUAUGAAAAUGGACAUGGGAAAGCCAGUGGAUGUAGUGUACCUGGACUUUCAGAAAGCCUUUGAUAAGGUCCUACAUAGGAGGUUAGUGUGCAAAAUUAGAGCAAAUGGUAUUGAGGGUAGUGUACUGACAUGGAUAGAAAAUUAGUUGGCAGACAGGAAACAGAGUGGGGAUUAAUGAGUCCUUUUCAGAAUGGCAGGCAGUGACUAGUGGGGUACUGCAAGGCUCAGUGCUGGGACCGUAGCUAUUUAUAAUAUACAUUAAUGAUUUAGAUGAAGGGAUUAAAAGUAACAUUAGCAAAUUUGCAGAUGACACAAAGCUGGGUGGCAGUGUGAAAUGUGAGGAGGAUGUUAUGAGAAUGCAGGGUGACUUGGACAGGCUGGGUGAGUGGGCAGAUGCAGUUUAAUGUGGAUACAUGUGAGGUUAUCCAUUUUGGUGUCAAGAACAGGAAGGCAGAUUAUUAUCUGAAUGGUGUCAAGUUAGGAAAAGGGGAAGUACAACGAGAUAUAGGUGUCCUUGUUCAUCAGUCAUUGAAAGUAAGCAUGCAGGUACAGCAGGCAGUGAAGAAAGCUAAUGGCAUGUUGGCCUUCAUAACAAGAGGAGUUGAGUAUAGGAGCAAAGAGGUCCUUCUGCAGUUGUACAGGGCCCUGGUGAGACCACACCUGGAGUAUUGUCUACAGUUUUGGUCUCCAAAUUUGAGGAAGGACAUUCUAGCUAUUGAGGGAGUGCAGCGUAGGUUCACGAGGUUAAUUCCCGGGAUGGUGGGACUGUCAUAUGUUGAAAGAUUGGAGCGACUGGGCUUGUAUACACUGGAAUUUAGAAGGAUGAGAGGGGAUCUGAUUGAAACAUAGAUUAUUAAGGGAUUGGACACGCUAGAGGCAGGAAACAUGUUCCCAAUGUUGGGGGAGUCCAGAACCAGAGGCCACAGUUUAAGAAUAAGGGAUAGGCCAUUUAGAACGGAGUUGAGGAAAAACUUUUUCACACAGAGGUUUGUGGUUCUGUGGAAUGCUCUGCCUCAGAAGGCAGUGGAGGCCAAUUCUCUGGAUUCUUUCAAGAAAGAGUUAGAUAGAGCUCUUAAAGAUAGCAGAGUGAAGGGAUAUGGGGAGAAGGCAGGAAAAGGGUACUAACUGUGGAUGAUCAGCCAUGAGCACAGUGAAUGGCGGUGCUGGCUGGAAGGACUGAUUGGCCUACUCCUGCACCUAUUGUCUAUUGUGUUGCUCCUCUGCCCCAAUGGUGGCUCCCUCAUGGCACAAGAGGCAGCCAUUGACCAAUGUCAGGUCAUGAAUGGGAAUCAGAAUUAAAAUGUUUGGUCACAGAGAAGUUCCACUCUUGGUGGAUGAAGCAGCGGUGCUCAAUGAAGUGGUUCUCCCAAUUUACGACAGGUCUCACCAAUAUAGAGGAGGCUGCCUCAGGAGCACCGGACACAACAGAUCUGCAGAUGAAAUGUUGCCUCACCUGGAAGGACAGUUUGGAGCCCUGACUGGAGGUGAAUGGGCAGUUGUAGCACUUAGGCUACACCUGCCCAGUCACAGGAAGGAAGGGAGGGACAAAUGGACAAGAUCAUCGUGGAGGGUGUGAUUUCCUAUGGAAAGCAGAGUGGAGCAUGGAGGUAAAGAUAUGUUUAGUGGUAGGAUCCCUUUGGAGAUGGCAGAAGUUGUGGAGCUGGUGUGUUAGUUUCAGAGCCUCAUGGGGACAAGGAAUUAUCACUGUUAAGAUGCUGGGAAGAUGGGGUGAGUGUGGAUGUUCAGGGGAUGGAGGAGAUGCAACAGAGAUGAAAGAACUGAGAAAACGGACUAGCAUUUUAAUAGACAUAGGGUGGGAAGGGGUCAUCCAUUUAUAACAGAAGUGAGGAGGAAUUUCUUUAGCCAGAAUCUGUGGAAUUCAUUGCCACGGGCAGCUGUGGAGGGCAAGUCAUUGGGUAUAUUUAAAGUGGAGGUUGAAAGGUUUUUGAAUAGUCAGUAUGUCAAAUGUUAUGGGGAGAAGGCAGGAGAAUUGGGUUGAGAGGGAAAAUAAAACAGCCUUGAUCAAAUGGCCGAGCAGACUUGAUAGGCUGAAUGGCCAAUUUCUGCUCCUAUUUAGCUUCCUGAGAAGUUUCAAUCUGGGUAUGAAGUUUCCUGAGAUGAGCGAUGUGGCUGGGUGAUGAAUUAUUCCAUCCCCACCUCUACAUUUCAGUUGAGGGAAAGGAAGCAUAGGCCCAGCUUUCUGGAGGUGUCCACUUGUAACAAUUCCUUCAUAACAAAAGUGAAUGAUGAAUCAGACAUCAGUGGUUGAGGUUUGAGAAAGGAUCAGAGUUUCUGGAGAGGAAGAGGUAGAAUGUUACAGUCAAGUUGUAUGUGAUGGGAAAAAUGACAAAUGUUGAUUGGAAGGCAAGAGAAGAAAACUUUAUAAGAAUCCCAAAGGUCCAAAUUGGUGCAUUGAUGUUCAUUUGUUUUAAUAACAACAUGAUGAUUGAUUCGGUACUGCUUGGUUACCUCGUUAGCCUGCUGUCCAUAAAUCUUGUCAUUACAUUUAUUCCCCAACUUUGUAGAUUUAGAAAUGUUAUACUUCAGUAGUUCAGAUUCACUUGUACACUGAAAAAUACAGUGAAAUGCGUCAUUUGCGCUGACAGCAAAAGCGACCUAAGGACGUGGUGGGGGCAACCUGCAAUGUCACCCCACAUUCCAGUGCCUACAGAGCAUGCCCACCAUGUUCAGUAAAGCUACACAAGCAACAACAGCAACAAAACAAAAACAACCACAGUAAAACAAACGAGAUAAUCUCCAGAUGCUGGAAAUCCAAGUAACACCCACAAAAUGCUGGAGGAUUUACAGGCCAGGCAGCAUCUACGGAAAAGAGUACAGUCGACGUUUCAGGUGGAGACCCUUCAGCCGAUUUUCUCCAGCAUUUUGUAUGUGUUACAAUAAAACAAGCCGCCUUUUCCCUUCUUCCCCCAUCACAAAAGAAAUGGCAAUGUUAAGAUGAACAUUGUGUGCAACUGUUGCAGUACACUUAAUAUAAGUAGGCCUUCCCACUACCACCCAGGAAUCAGGUGGUCACGAGGAAAGGCUCGGGGUUGGUGACUAAAUGUAGAUUUUAGACCAUAAGACCACCACACAUAUAGGAGUAGAAUUAGGCCAUUUUGACGAGGCAUCUGAAAAACAGGAGAGUGAACAAAUUGGGGGGGAGGGGGCUAUUCAAGGAACUGGAAUAGGGGACUAAAACAGCCGAAUCCACUACUGCCUAAAGUAAGGCUAUUCUUCAAUUCAUGUUCACCACAGUAGAAGACUUGUUGCACAACAAAAGCCUAACAGUUUCAUAGGAAAAAUCCUAUAUCCUUCCUGUUAUUUUACAAUAUCUUUUGUUAUUCUUUAGAUCCAAGUAUGCAAGUCUCUGCUGAACCACUUCCUCUACCAAAUCAAAAAGAGGUACUGUGCUGCAGUGUAGAAUUUUGCAGUGUAAACAAGCAUUUGUACUGGACAUUUUCAUGGGUCAAAAAUACUUAGAUACUUUGAUACUCAGAUUUAUUUUAAUCACUAUUUACUCAUCUCCCAGUUUAAGGCUCGUCAUAGACAGCUGGCUUAGACAUUACAGCUUUUAUGUUUUGAUCUUUUCUGCAACCACCCCAUUUAAUGGUCUUCAUUCAAAAUACCUUGACAAUCCGUUCUGAUCUUCAUUCUUUAGUUAUUGUUUUACCAGUCACAAUGAAACAGUUGAUGCUGUGUACUCUCUACAAUGCUGUGUUCAUUGCUGACAAAAGCCCAGAGUACGGCACCAGCAAGCGGCAAUACAAAACUGUGACUGUCUUUUUUUGUCCAGUAUGCUGGCAGGAAAUCUUGUAGCUGUGGCAGAGUUGUCAGUAUCCAUCAGCAAUACUUUUAUGUAUAACGUAUUCAAGGGAAGCCUUAGUUAAAUGCAGAUGUUAACAACAUUAGAAUAUUGUGUUAAAUGAUGUGGAGGGUGCAGAAGAGGUUCACCAGGAUGCGGCCUGGAUUAGAGGGCAUGAGCUAUAAAGAUAGAUUGGCCGUACUUGAGUGUGUGCUCCAGAGGCAAUUGAGAGCUGAUAGAGGAUUAUAAAAUUAUCAGGGGUUUGAAUGGAGUAGGCAGAAUCUCUUUCCCGGGGUAGAGGACAUACAGUUAACAAAGAGCAUAGAAAUCUACAGCAUAUUACAGGCCCUUUGGCCCACAAUGUUGUGCCAGUCAUGUAACCUACUCUAGAAACUGCCUGGAAUUACUAUACUGCAUAGCCCUCUAUGAUGGGAAAGGAAAGGUUUAAGGGAGGUGUACAGGGCAUGUUUAUUUUUACACAGAAUACUGUAGUAAGUGCCUCGAACAGGCUACCAGGGGCAAUAGUGGAACCAGAAAUGAUAGCGGUGUUUAAUAGGAUUUUAAACUGACAUCGUGCAGGGAUUUGGAUCAUGUACAGACAGAAGGAAUUUAAUUUAAUUUGCAUUGUGUUUAACACAGGCAGGUCGAAGAGCCUGUUCCUGUGCUGUACUGUUCUGUGUCACUAUUGUUUGUCGGUGUCAAAGCUUUGCAUUAAUCAUUACUUGAAUAAGCGAUGAUUAUGUGGAAUGCAAUGGAAUAAAUUACAUACACUCCUACUGUAGUUCCUAAAAGCCAUUAGAGCCGUACUAAUAUGGAACCCAUUAUUAGGAUCUAAUGCUUUCCUGACAUAUAUGACAAAUAAACUUCCUUGGGCUUCCUGCCGGAUGCAGAUAUCGAUUUUAACCAAAGUUUCAAUAGCAAACUCUGCUAUCUUCAUCAGGGAUGCCAGCUUCCCCUCUGCUGAAGGUGGCAGAGUUUGUCAUCGAAGCAUAGGUUAAAAUCAAUACUUGUUACCCGACUGGAAGCCCAAGAAGAGUUUAUUCAAACCCAUUUUUGAUUGUUCUGACAUCUCUAUUUUUCCAUUUUGUUAAUAACAGGGGCUUUCCAGCCAACGUGUUCUCCCCAGUCACAUCACAAUUUAAUGGAAAAUAUCUGCCAAUUCUACUCUAGAUCUAUUGUCCAAUUGUCUAACCACAGUCACCUGAGAACUCACCAAUGGACAGCCCCUUAGCAGAGCAUCAUACUCAACUCAAGUAAUCGCACUGCUACUAUUUUCCAAUUUCACUUCAUGUUCAGGUCCUCCCCAGGUUAAGGCAGGGCUUUGUUUCUGUCAGCUGUUUGUAUCCCUGACAGUUUGCAAGUGGGAAGCGCAGCCAUGAGCUGGGUUCCCACCUGGUAGAAGAUGGCAGCCCGAAAGCAGCUGGCAAACCCCUUCCCACCCACUCUCCCAGAUACUCCUCAUACACAUCAGGCAUUUUUAUACCGGAGAAAACUUGGAUCCCAUCUUCACAUUCAGAACUACCUAACCAGGAUUUUAAGCCUUGUAUUUUGAAAGUUAAAGCAUUUUGAUGUUUUGCCUCUAACAAUCUGUUUCUCAAUGGCCGACUUGGAUAAUCAUUGCAAGUGAGCUUUAAAUCCCAACAGGUUAAUAUCUAACCAAAUGGUGUUGCCUUAAUCAGAGCGAAGCCGUUUCUGGUUGACUCCAGAUCAGAGUUCACCUGCACAAGGAGGACUGUAGCAGUGGCGGUCAGUGAGGCUCCAGGUGGUAGGCAAGGCCAUUACUACAGAUAACAUGUAAUGUGCUACAGCACUACUGCUAGUUCAAUACAAGCCAGUGAUUGAAAAAAUAUAUCCUUCACAAUUCAGAGCUUAGGUAGUAACCUCACAUCUGAAAUUAAAUCUGCCCUGAAUUUCUUUCACAGUUUGUUAUUCACCCACCAUUUGCUUUCUCAGUGGACAUUAUUACUUUUCUACAAAUAGAUGUUCAGUUCUGUAGUAAUUUUAUGUAUUGCACUGUACUGCUGCCACAAAUGAAAAAAAAGAAAUUUCAUGACCUAUAUGAGUGAUGAUAAACGAGAUUCUAAUAUAAGUCUCUCUUGGUGACUGGGAAUAGGAAUGGGGUUGGGAAAAGUUGAAGGGGAGGGAGCAGGAAGCACCAGAGAGACAUUCUGUAAUGAUCAAUAAACCGAUUGUUUGGAAUCAGAUGACCUUACCUUGUGUCUCAGAGCUGGGUGUGUCUGCAGCCGUUCUAUCCUCUGCCUUGGCACUCCUUCUCUGCCACCUAUCCCACAGACCUCGCAUGGCGCUGCACCCUCACUGUUCCCAACAUCUUUUGCUCCUGUCAAAUUUACAAACUCGCUCUCUGCUCCACGUUGACAAAUACAGUACUGUACAGAAGUCUCAGGCAUCCUAAGACUUUUGCACAGUACUGCUCGUGCUAUUGAACAUGAAAGGAGUUGUCACAAGAUGGAAAGGAAGUGUGACCAGUAUUGCUGUUGUAAAUGUUGUACAAGCAAGCUGUGGAACCCUGAGAUCGAUGAAGCUCCGUACGGCAGAGGAUGAUGUACCAGAGGGUACGAAAAGCGAAUGUUAGCACACGUGAGAGCAUUAUAAUACUUGUGACUCUGUGCUAGACGAUGUUUGUAGAUAGCAUGCAUAUUUUCCUAUGGCACUGUCCCUACAACCAACUGCACACAAUGCCAGAUAAGGCCUCAGCAUGCAAGUAGAGGCAAAUCCUCGGACUUCAGUCACGAACUUAUUGUUCACCUGUGUGGUGUGCGGCUGGCCACUUCCAGGUGACAACGAAAAUAUCUCCAUGUCUGGACUUUUUAAACUGACAGAAAGAAGCAUCUCUGAUAUUCUGAUGAUCAAAAUUUUAUUAAUAAUAUGCGAUAAAUAACUCAAUGCUAUAACAGAUGACCUUGAAGGUGGGAAAUGCGAUUCAAUCUCACUGUUAAUGGAACAGGAUGGGAGAAGAAAACUGAUUCACCUUUCCCCAACUUCUCUUGAUUAUUCUGUACCAGACUAGCACAUUUGUAUAAAGCUGUCCUUUUAAAGCAUUGACCUAUGUAAAACAGGGGAAGCAAAACUAUCACAAUCUAGAGUUAGUAAUGAUGAUUGAUCUUUCCUUGAUUUUACAGCACAGCAUAUUUCAAUGCAUAGAGUUCUGUUUACAACAUUCCCUACCAAAAGCAAAAAAAAGUUAUUUAGUAAGAGAACAUUGAUGUGUGCAGUAUAGUGGAUGCAUUUGCAGCUGUAUGCUCUGGUAACUCAGUCAUAGAACACGACAACACAGAAACUGACCCUUUGUCCCAUCUAGUCCAUGCCAAACGCAUAAUCAGCCUAGUCCCAUCAACCUCCAUAUUCCUCCCAUCCAAACUUCUCUGAAUGUUGAAAUCAAACUCACAUCCACCAUUUGUGCUGGCAGUUCAUUCUGUACUCUCAACGCCCUCUGAGUAAAGGUUCCCCCUCAUAUUUCCCUUAAACAUUUCACCUUUCACCCUUGUCUCAUGACCUCUAGUUUUAGCCUCACUCAAUUGAAGUGGAAAAAGCCUGUUUGCAUUUACCCUAUCAAUA